GGGGCGUGACAGUUGAACAACAACAAUCAAGCUUCCGGUUUUUUCCCAUUCUUACUAGAGAGUUCACUAGCAUGUUCUUGUGAGCGUAAAAUCAGCAAGUUUAUGUAUAAUAGAUUUACGUGUACACUAGGUACAUUUUAUUAUUUUGUUUGUCGUGGAAUAAGAGCACCGAAAGAGCUAUUACUGACUUUGAUACACCGCUUUAUUUGGCCAUUACACUGCGGACAACUUCCAAUACGGGUUAUUAUGAGCGAAGGAGAGGUAUUCCACGAGAAGCAGCGACUGGAGUUGUGCGCCAUUCAUGCUCUGAACAACGUUCUGCAAGAACAAGUGUUCACCAAGGAGACGGCAGAUGACAUCUGCAAGCGGCUAGCUCCACAAUGUGUGGUGAACCCUCACCGCUCUAUGCUGGGCACAGGCAACUAUGACGUCAACGUCAUCAUGGCUGCCCUACAGAGCAGAGAGUUGGCUGCAGUAUGGUGGGACAAACGCAGAACAGUACAGAGUCUCUGUGUUGACAAGGUCCAGGGGUUCAUCCUGAACGUUCCGUCACGUGUCUCUCUUGGAAUUGUGUCCCUCCCCGUCAAGCGGCGGCACUGGCUUGCAGUGCGCCAGGUUAAUGGACACUACUACAACCUCGACUCCAAACUAAAGAGUCCUGUCUGCAUCGGGAAUGAAGCAGAUCUCCGUACAUUUCUCAGUGAACAGCUGUCUCCGGACGUGGCAGAGAUGCUCCUGGUUGUGAGGAGGGACGUGGAGGAGUACGGAACCUGGCUGAACUCUGAUGACCUCAGGAAGUGAUUCCUCUGGCCUGGGCAUUCCAUUCAUUCAACAUGGGACUCAAACUCCUGCUCUACUCUGGAAAAACAAAUAACAUUUUAGAAAACAAGAGACUCUUAACAAAAAGUACAUAUUUCAGGAAAUGCAUUACCGGUUGCUGAGGAGUGUGGGCACUGUUACACACACACACACGAAGUUCCAAAGAGAAUUUAAGAUGACGAGGGAUUUCUGUCCCAAAUGGCUUGUUUGUAAGUUUACUGGCCUUUGUUUGGAUUUCUACACUACAGCAGCAUCUAUAUCCUCUUUCCUUCCCUCUCUUCCUUCUCUUCUCUUCCUAUGCACUGCACUGUCAAGGUAGACCAGUUAGAACUGGUUUGUCUUUUAGUUAUUCUAUGCACUGAGAAGGUACAGAGGAGGCACUGGAUGUCAUGUUGACAACUGACUAUGUGAAAAUAACGCUUCUAUGUUUGUGUUCUGUCUGCGUCUACAUCUAACUGCAUAUCCAAGUGAAUGGGAGUACUGUCUUUCUGUUACACUUGCUCAAACUACACACACGCUCAAACUACACACACAGAGGAUAUAAAGAAAAUGUUAUUUAUAUGUAA